AUGUCUCUCAAUCUCACGGGAACACCCAGUACUUCUGGUACCGGCGGUAGUACGCUGGACACGGAUCUAAACACGGCGUAUGACCUUGCAAACAUGGUUUGGGUCGGCACUGCGGGUGCACUGGUUUGGAUCAUGGUUCCCGGUAUCGGUCUGCUGUACUCGGGUCUGUCGCGUAAGAAGCACGCCCUGUCCCUUUUGUGGGCCUCGAUCAUGACCUGCGGUGUCGUCUCUUUCCAAUGGUUCUGGUGGGGCUAUUCGCUGGUGUUUGCGCAUAACACUCGCGGAAAUGGAUUCAUCGGGACUCUCGAGUUUUUCGGUUUCAAAGACGUUCUUGGCGCGCCUAGCUCCGUCUCCACGGUCCCUGAUAUUCUGUUUGCUUUUUUCCAAGGUAUGUUCGCCAUGGUCACCGGUAUCUUGAUGGUCGGUGGUGCGUGCGAGCGUGCUAGACUCAUGCCCAUGAUGGUGUUUUUGUUCCUCUGGAUCACUAUUGUCUACUGUCCCAUCGCCUGCUGGACCUGGAAUGCCGAGGGGUGGCUCGCAGUUUUCGGUGCGCUUGACUACGCCGGUGGCGGCCCUGUCCACAUCACAUCCGGCCACGGUGCUCUGAUCUACGCCAUGAUCUUGGGUAAGAGAAAUGACCCUGUGGCCAAGUCCGGUAUGCCCAAAUACAAGCCUCACUCCGUCACCUCUGUCGUUUUGGGUACGGUUUUCUUGUGGUUUGGUUGGUUUGGCUUUAACGGUGGUUCUGCCGGUAACGCAACCAUCAGAGCUUGGUACUCCUGUGUUUCUACCAAUUUGGCUGCUGCUUGCGCUGCUUUGACCUGGAUGUUCAUCGACUACUUCCGUUUCGGCCGCAAAUGGACCACUGUGGGUUUAUGUUCCGGUGCCAUUGCCGGUUUGGUCGGUAUCACCCCAGCUGCAGGGUUUGUCCCAGUCUGGGCCUCUGUUAUUAUCGGUAUUGUAACCGCUGUCGGUUGCAACUUCGCCGUUGACUUGAAGAACUUAUUACACAUCGAUGACGGUAUGGAUGUCUAUGCGCUCCACGGUGUUGGUGGUGCUAUUGGGUCUGUCAUGACCGGUAUUUUCGCGGCUGACUACGUCAACGACUCUGCUGGCGCUGCUGCUGUCGCAAUUGACGGAGGUUGGAUCAAUCACCACUACAAGCAAGUUGGUUACCAACUUGCUGCCAUUUGCUGUACCGUUGCAUGGUCCAGUGUUGUCACUGCCAUUUUGUUGCUAAUUAUGGACAGAAUUCCAUUCUUGAGGUUGAGAUUGAGACCAGAAGAAGAAGAAUUGGGUACCGACAGCGCUCAAAUUGGUGAAUUCACUUACGAAGAGGAUGCUGUCUACAUUCCAGAGCCUGUGAGGUCCAAGGUUUCUGCUCAAGUUCCAGAACCUCCAACUGGCAUCGACGACAAGAUAGCUCAAAACGCUGCAUCUGACGGAAGUAUAUCAACAGAAAAUGAAGCAAGAGGUAAGGAGAAGGUCACAAUUUAA